UGAACCUUAUUUAUUUGACCUAAAUUCUUUUCUUCCAUCUCGCCCUUCUGUUCAAACUUAUUUUUCUUUUUUCUAUCAACUCGCUUGGUUUGGGAGAGGAUCCAUCGUCUUUAAUCCGGGCACCGUCAUCAGGUACUUGUUCGCUGCAUCUUCAAUACAAAUACUCGUAUUUUCAAAUUCUAUUUUGUUUUAGUUUUCCUGUUUGGAUAGGAUCAUCAUGGAUCGAUCGAUCAAUACGUCCGUGCUCGGUAGGGGAUAGGGAGGUCACGGGCGAGUGCUGUUGUCUCUUGUGGUUGGAAGCCCUCCUCAAUUAGUUAAUCAGCGUUGGGUUUAUGAUAUUUUAAAUAUUUACGAAUGCGUUUUGAUAUCUGACCUUGCAGGCUAGUUUUUAAAUAGAGUACCUGCAGCUUGGGCUGGUUGUGGCUGGACCUUGAUCUGAAUUUAGAGCUGUGGUUUCCUGCGGAUAACGCCAUCGUUACUAAUUGUUGUUUAAGUUGUUGGAUUGCUGAAUAACUACUGAUCAGAAUGGAAAAGCUUCAAAAUGAUCUUGAGACUUCGAAGAGCAAUAUCGAGAGAUGGAGGAUCAGAAAACUGAUCAAGGAAUUUGAACCCGCAUAUGGUUUUGGCUUGAUUUCUAUCAUCAUUCCUCCCACGAAAACAAUGUCCAGUGUUACUGAGUGGCUGGCGAACCAUAAAAUUCGAAUGCUUUCAGACCUUGAAAGUGGUUCUGAAUUGUUUAAAGGUAUACGUAUGGCUAGGUCGGAUGCAUAUACGUAAGCUCAGGAAGUCCUCGAGCGUUGCAAACAGGUUCCUCGCAACGGGCUUGUUCUGCACACAGGAAUAGUUAUAACUUGUACUAAAAGUUGUGAAGUUGAAAGUUUAAAAAGGGUAAGAAUUCUUUUGAGCCUUUCAUGCCCAUUGACAAAAAGGGGUUUUGUUUCGUUGUUGACGUUAGCUUUCAUAUUCAAGUUCUUAAUGACCCCGAUGACAAAUAUGGUUUCAUUAUCAUGGAUGAUGAGUGGACACUUUUUGGGAAGCUAAAGGGUAACAGAAGCCAUGUGAUUCGUAAAAUUAGUGUUGAAGGUAGUGGGUACUACCAUGUUAAGAAGGCAGAAAAACUUGCCAAAGAGUUUUUUAAGGGCCCACAAGUUAAAGGAGUAGUGUUGAAUGAUUUAUCAGACUUAAGGUUGAGACGUUGGCUACGCAAGAAAAAGCUGAUGGAAGUGGAGAUUGAUCAUGCAAAUGAGGAGGGUUUGGAGCAGGCUAUUAAGUUGUCUGAACUUAAAUUUUAUAGGGAGAAGAAAUUGUUAGACAAAUAUCUUAAGGAGAUUGUUGAUGGACCUGAAAAGGGUACAUAUGGUGCAGAAGACACAAUAACAGCGUUGGAGGAGCGUGCUGCUGAGACACUCAUUGUAUGUGAUAGUUUGGACAUCAUUAGGUAUGUGUUCAAAGACAUCAAUACUGAUGACACUGUUGUUAAGUAUUCAAAAGAGGGGGAGUUGUUCUGCCGAGUUUAUGGGGGCAUUGGAGCAAUUAUUCGAGGCCCCGACCCGCUUUGGUUGAACCUGUACGCUUUUAACCUUGCUAAAAGAUUGAGAACCAGCGCUUUGACAUGUCCAAAAGCUGGCCCGGAUGACCUGCGCAAUCACUUUUUGGUUAAGUUGGUGUUGCGAUCUCCAAGUAGUAGUGUUUUUAUCUGGCUAGCUCCAAUUAAGUUGGUGUUACUUUGAACUUUACCUCUAUUAUUAAUUUUACAUUUUCUAAGUUGAAGUCAAAUUUGACUUUUACAUUUUGCUCUAAAGUCAAAUUUGACUUCUGAACAUGCCUGUUUAUACAUAGUAUAUUUUUAUUGUGAUGAUAAUGAUUCAUGCCUUGAAGUUUUA